AUGCAAUCAUUCCACUUUGCAAAGAUACAACUACUUCUCAACAAACCCCAUGAGUCCACAGGCACAAAACAUAUCAAACAAUCAGGUACAAGCAGCAAAGGUAAUACGUGGUCUCUAGCUCAGCGGCACGCAUCCUACGCAUCAAUCUUGCGACAGAGCAGAAAACACGCCGAGGAGAUUGUCAGCAUUGGUCUUGGUCUGAAGAACGACAGCGCAAGGAUCCACAGUGUUCAGCCUCUAUAUACGGCUGGCCAAGUAUUGGGCAUGCGAGAGUCUACAAUCAAAACGACUGCUGCUGGUGAAGGAAACUCGCCGGACGAGGUUGAUGCUAUGCGUGGUUGCGUGUUGAACUUGCUGCAGAGCAUCCAGCGGGAAACAGGAUGGGCAACAGAGUAUCGUAUGCAGCAGCUGCUGGAGGAGUGGGGUCUUCCAAACGGACAGGACUAG